AUGGACAGACUAGAGUCGCUGUUGCCGAACGACGGCGCGUACCGGCCACGGCUGCACAAGCUGCGCACGCGCGGCAAGCAGAUCGUGCGAUGGAGCAAGUCGCAGGUCGCGGGCGUCCCCGCGUAUGCGCUGCGCAAGAUCACCUGGGGCGCCGCUUCCGAGGCAGAUGAAGACGCUGGCGACGACGCUCGCGCCGCUGCCGCUGAGCCACCCACUGAGCUGUUCGCAGCAGACUUCGACGCAAUCACAAUGGUCGACUCACGCCCACAGUCGAUGCUCAACUCGUACCGGAUGAAGGACGCGCAGACUGCACGCUGGCAUGCCAAGACGGCGACCGCAGCCGCUGCCAUGGCGUCCGGCGUCUCCUACGUUUCGUCAGCUGCGACGCUGGUGUCGUCCUCUUCCUUCUCGUCGGCGGAAAACAUCUCGCUGUCGCUGCCAUCAGCGUCGCCGGCGCGGUCGCUCAGCUCCGCCGACAGCUGUGGGACGUCCCCCGUGUCACCCGUCGCUGGACUUCGCAUUUGCGACGCGAAGGCCAUAGAGAAAAGCUUCCAGUCCAUUCAGAACGACGCGGAGGCCGUGGCCGCAUCCAUCAAAUUCCACAACUACGAGGUAGCUCUCCAGCUCGGCCAGCAGCGCCACCUCCACUACUACGAACUGCCGUUCCCCUGGCGGGAAAACAGGUUCAUCAUACACGGCUACCGCUUUUACAAUUCGUACUCCAAGUCGUUGCUCUCCAUUUUCAACUGGUACGGCUGGCACAAUGAAACAGUCAACAUAUGGACUCACCUGUGCGGCGCCUUGUACUUUGCAUUCCUCAUAUUCAAGGGCUUCUCGCAGACAACUGUGUACCAGUCUGAGCUGGUACCAACAGCCGCCAAGUUCAUGGCGUUUGUGUUCUUGACAGCCGGUCUCGAGUGCUUUUUGUUCUCGGUCGUAUGGCACACCUUCAACGGUAUCUGCCACUUGAAGCAAAGGUCUAACUGCGCGUGCGUCGAUUACACGGGCAUAACGGUCCUGGUCACUGCCUCUAUACUCACAACUGAGUUUGUUACCCUCUCGGGUUCCUCUGAUGCGACAUUCACUUGGUCGUUACUCUUUUUCACAGGUGCCUCUGCCGCACUGGGUGCGGUUGGCGUUUUCAUGAACUGGUCCCCCAAGUUCGACAGACCAGAGUCAAGGCCGCUUAGGAUAGCUUUCUAUUUGCUUUUAGCGAGCUUCGGGUUUUUUUCCUACCUUCAUUCCCGUCUUUUUAACACUGCAGUCGACUCUUCUGACUUAAUCAAGCCUGUGUUUAUGAAGUCCUUGGCUUGGUACAUCAUUGGAGUUGUAUUUUAUGGAACUUUCAUCCCUGAGCGCUGGCGGUCCGAUGUCCAGGUGGACGCAAACAUCCCGACUGAAGAACAGUUAACUACUGACUUGGAAAUUAUUACCAAACACAGACAUAUCCACUUUAGGUCACAGCCUGCUAGUCACCACAAGUGUAAAAAUGCGGACCAUAAAAGGUCAUUCAAAUCUUUAUGGUGGGUCGACUACUUUUGCUGUUCGCACACACUUUGGCAUCUGUUUGUGUUGCUUGGUGUAAUCGGCCAUUACACUGCAAUGCUGGAGAUGUUCGAGAAAAGAUGGCUACGUGGAUGA